UUUUUCAAGUAGUAGACAACUUGGACGCUCUCCAAGGGUUUGUGUUAUGCUGGGAGGAAACGCUGGAGUAGGGUUUGGGGAGAUGGCCGCGAAUGCGAUGCUGGACAGGCGGCGCGAGAUGGCCACCGCCGAGCAGCUAGUGCUGGAGCUCAUCGUCCCGGAGCAGCGGGAGAACGCGCUCCUGGAUUUGUCCAAGAAGAGGGAGUCCUUCCAGGAGCUCGCUCCGAUGCUGUGGUACUCGUGCGGGACAAUCGCGGCGCUCUUGCAGGUGUGGGUUUUUUUUUUCCUUCUUCUUCUACUUCUUCUAGUUUGUAAGCUCUUAGAACACUACCUACAGGAGAUUGUAUCUAUUUAUCCAAUGCUUUCGCCUCCAACCUUGACGGCUGGUGCUUCGAAUCGCGUUUGCAACGCUCUGGCUCUUCUCCAGUGCGUGGCUUCGCAUCCGGAAACGCGGACUCUCUUUCUCAACGCACAUAUUCCAUUGUAUUUGUAUCCUUUCUUGAACACCGUCAGCAAGUCGCGACCAUUUGAGUACUUGCGUCUCACUAGCCUUGGCGUUAUCGGUGCUUUAGUAAAGGUUGAUGAUACUGACGUGAUCAACUUCCUGCUGUCGACUGAAAUCAUCCCACUUUGCCUGCGUACUAUGGAAAUGGGCAGCGAGCUCUCCAAGACGGUCGCGACUUUCAUCGUCCAGAAGAUUCUGCUGGAUGAUGUAGGGCUCGCAUACAUUUGUGCAACGGCCGAGAGAUUCUUCGCCGUGAGUGCAGUUCUAGGAAACAUGGUACAGGCUCUUGCAGAAACACCGUCGUCUCGCCUGCUCAAGCACAUCAUCCGUUGCUAUCUCCGUCUAUCAGACAAUCCCAGGGCUUGUGAGGCGUUAAAGACGUGCCUUCCAGAGUAUCUCCGCGACAACACCUUCAGCAAUUGCUUACGGGAGGAUGCUGGAACUCGGCGAUGGUUGACACAACUCCUGAUCAACGUCGGGGUUGCUCCUCUCCAUCCCCAGCGAGUUCCCGGGGGCAUCCCAGGCGCGCCUUUGAGUGCCAUGGAGCAGCUACUAACCGGGUAAACACACACACACACAACUUAAGAGGCUUAAGAACAUCGGAGGAAAGGAACACAGGGCGGUACUUACACUGGGAGAGAGCGGCAAAAUCUCGCUUCUCCCGCAAGGAAACAAGGCGAUAUCAGAUCAUCAGUCUGUCUUGACAACGAAAGUUUUGGAGUGACGCUGCUGCUGCUGUUGCUGCUGCGGCGGAUUAAAUUAACGCGUUCUAAGUGGGGAAGACUCGUUCGGUCGUGUACCAUAGCAUGGCGGAUUCAAAGCUCGGUGAUGGUGAAAAAAAUAAUUUUGGAGGGGACGUGGCAGAGAGCUCGUUUCCCUGGGACAAAAAAACGUUUUUUUUUAUGCUGUGACAGUGGCUCUCGUGGAGCAAAACCAUACGAUGUAAGAAGUAAAAAAUAAGAUGGAAAGAAGGCUCGAUUCUACUA